AUGGUGUCGAGGCGAAAAAUUCUCUCUCGCUCGCGGGACAACCUUGCUGAUUCCCAGUACGAUGAUCAGGAAGAGGAGGACGUUUGGUAUAAUUUAGAUAAGUUGUACAAGGACCACAUACAAGAGGUCCUGGACAAGUGGAACCAGAUAGACGACGAGAUAUGGGCUAAGGUAAUAGUCUUCGAGCGAAACAGAAGAGUCGCUAAAGCUUACGCCCGGGCACCAGUUCUCACGGUCAACGACUCCAUUGACGGUUUCGAUGGCUUUAGGAUAGGCCUCUGCGGUUUCGACAACCCAAUGAGAGAUCCUAAAACAGAAGAGACUAAAAGACACAUCGACCUAGGAGUAAAAAUAAAAAUGGAUGACAAAGGGAAUAUCCUAAUAAAGAGACUGUGCAAAAGCAACGUUUACAUAAAGACUACACAUCCCGAAGAAAACGCGGUCGGCGCAGAGAUACUGAGAAAUUCCCAGGGUGCGUUGGAGUUUGAAAAACCAGGAAAAUUAUUCGACAUGGCUAAAUACGAACAGAAUUUAGAACGGGAGACCCGUCGCUCAUAUCCAGAUCGCAGAAGACUUGAAAAACAAUGUCUCAGCGCAAUCGUCUUCGUGAGAACAGAAGCUGAAUUGCUGAAGUGUCCUGUCUGGGUUCUCAUUGUCAACGUCGUUGGCUUGGAGUUGCUCAAAAGCAAACUCCCUAUAUUACCAGCACUGAAGAGGUCUGUGGAUAUCAAAAAUCGGCCGAGAAUUCCCAUACCUGACGAAGAUCCUUACAGCGUAGCUGGUGUUGCUGCAGCUUCUGGACCCAGUGAAUUACGCGAUGCAGUCAGAGAUCCACGGCAUGAACAGAUUUACGGCCAAUCAGCGGCUUAUCAUCGGCGACGUACUGAAAAACCCCCGAAACUUCCUCCCCGGGAGAAUCUUUACGGUCAAAAUAUUCCUAAGCCUGACUAUGAUGAUAUCGAAGAUGAUUACGGCAGCAAUGGUGUGAGACCAGCGGUGGUAGUUACCGAGGAUUCGAAGAAAAAUAACAAAAAGAACGACAGAAAGAACGACGAUCCUUAUUACUGUGGUAUGAGGGCACGUGUACCAAAUUUUGUAAAAAUGGCAAAGAACAGCCAAAUAAGAAUACUUCCGGCGUAUGGAACGGGAACGGGGAGACCGCAACCAGCACCAGCACAAACACAAAUAUCAGCCCCGGCGUACAUCGGUUACAACAGUAGUCAGUCUCAGUCAUCACAUAUUUAUGCGAGUCACGCACCAAACAGACGACCACCUAUUAUGUAUCACGCCCGUAGCUUCGAGAGUGGUUUAGACUCAGACGAUCGGAUAGACUCGCCCUAUAAUCACAUUUACGGACGAUUACCCAUUCCAACACGCAGUUUUAUACCACCAGUACCCCGUGGCAUGUACAUCGGAGAGUGGGAUUAA